CACGCCAGCCCGCCGCGCCGCGCCGGCAGUAUAAAGGGCCAACCGAGUUUCGUUUCGCCACUGUGCCGACAUUGCCCAGAGGAUGAACUCCACACUGUUGGUGCUGACUGCGCUGCUGGCGGUGGCCGUGGCCAUGCCACGCCCGCGCUACGCCCUGGUGCCGAUCGAGGAUCUGCGCUACCUGGCGCCGCGCGUGCGCGUACCGCGCCAGGUCCAGGUGGCUGACCCGCAGCCCCACUACUUGCGCCAGGUGCCGCAGCCCUCCGAGGACCGGUUCGUGCGUCAGGCGGGAGGCGAUUACGGCGGUGACCAGGUGGACUACGGCGCGUACACGGGCGGCUACGGCGCCUUCGGCUGGUACGCCGACUACCCGGUGGGCGGCGGCGGCUACCACCGCUGAGAGCCGGCAGCCUUCGUCCUUCCCCGCAUCUCCUCCGCUACCCGGUGGGCGGCGGCGGCUACCACCGCUGGGAGCCGGCAGCCUUCGUCCUUCCCCGCAUCUCCUUCGCUACCCGGUGGGCGGCGGCGGCUACCACCACUGAGAGCCGGCAGCCUUAGACCUCCCCCGGCAUCUCCCACGCUACUCGGUGGGCGGCGGCGGCUACCAUCGCUGAGAGCCGGCAGCCUUAGACCUCCCCCGGCAUCUCCCACGCUACUCGGUGGGCGGCGGCGGCUACCAUCGCUGAGAGCCGGCAGACUUCGACCUCCCCCGCUACUCGGUGGGCGGCGGCGACUACCAUCGCUGAGAGCCGGCAGCCUUCGCCCUUCCUACACGCAUCUCCCCCGCCGCCACGUCCGGCCGGCUGCCUCAGUUUGUUUUUGUUACCACCACGAGCCUACCCAGCCUUUCAGCGUAGUGUAUUUAUCAUGUAAUAAAGAGAAAAACUCUCCAAU